AUGGGGUUUUGGUCGUCUAAAGGUGGUAUCAGUUCCAAGUAUUCAUUCUCCUCAUCUCCUACUUUUGUGACAGGGUCAUGGGAUGUAUAUACAGGACGUUUGAAAAAUGCUCCUAGUUCUUCCAAUUCUGCUAAAGUUUCGGUAUUCAUAUUCGAUAAGAAGAACUUUGAGAAUUAUCUUCUAAGGUUCAAUAUUAUUAAAUCAAAAUCAUCUUCUCAUGAUAAGAAAUUUAUUCAAGAGGGUUACGAUAUAUUGAGAAAUCAAGUAAAUAAUUUAGCAAAACUAAAGCAUCCGAAUAUUUUGACCCUUGUGGAACCUCUAGAAGAACAUAGUAAAAAUUUUAUGUUUGUUACAGAGUAUGUUACUGGCACCUUAGAAACUGUCUUUUCUAAUGAUGACACCGAAGAACAGGAUUUUUUGAAGGGCCAUAUAAAAGAAGACAUUGUUAUUCAACGAGGUAUACUACAAAUAGUGAACGGGUUAGAUUUCAUCCAUAAUCGAGCUAGUUCUGUUCAUUUAAAUAUUAGACCAAAUGCAAUUUUUAUUAAUGAUAAUUCAGAUUGGAAACUUUCUGGUCUAGGACACUUAUUUAAGCUACCACAAGGUACAAGUACAGCAGAUUAUUAUUUUCCCCAAUAUGAUCCAAGAACUCCGAAAUUCAUGACAUUAAAUUUAGAUUACACCGCUCCAGAACUAAUAUUUGAAAACACAGUUUCUUUUAAGAAUGAUUACUUCUCCCUGGGGUUAUUGAUGAAUUUUUUAUACAAUGGUAAAAACGUACUUCUAAAAACAGAAAAUUCCACUAGUCAAUACAAAGAUGAAUAUAAGAAACUUGAAAAAAAGAUCAGUUCAAUGUCAUGGGAUAAUAUAUUUAAUAAACUACCUCCAAAAUUAAAACCUUGUAUACCAAAGUUAAUGACCAGAGAUAUUUAUUCUCGUUACGAUAAUAUUUCAGAAUUUGCAGAUAGUGAAUUUUUCCAUGAUCCAUUAAUAAAAGUUUUAAAUUUUCUUGAUGGGCUCCCUACAAAAUCAAAUGAAGAAAAAUUUGUCUUCUUAGAUGGUCUGGUUGAAUUGCUACCGCAAUUUCCAAGUACUAUCUUACAAAAGAAAUUUUUACCUGUUUUAUUAGAAUUAAUUAAUCUGUUGUGCAGUGAAAACCCUGUGGAUAGUAGAUGUGUGGCCAAGGACCUUGAAAUUAUCAUUAAGAUAGGGUCUACGUUGUCCCAAUUAUCAUUUAGUGAAAAGAUCUUACCUGUAAUAUCCGAUAAGAUCAAUUUCCAAAUUUUAUUGGAAAAUGCGACUGACAGCUUAGUGGAUAACCUUCAAGUACUUAAGGAGAAGAUUCGGACUACCGAUUUUUUAGAUGCAAUUUUGAACCCUUUGUUAACAUAUACUUUGCAGGACAAUAUCAAAGAAAAUUGUAUUACUGUCCAAGAAAAUGUUUUGAAUCAAAUUAAGUUAAUCCUUGAGAGUUAUGAUUUUGCCAAUGUGAAAAACUUUUUAUUACCUCUUUUAUCUAAACUUUUUGUGAAGACUACAAGCCUUACCGUUAAGGUAUCAUGUGUUGACUGUUUUGAGACAAUGGUAACUACGAAAACGAUUGAUAAAUUUACUUGCAAUGAUAGUAUUUUACCAUUAUUUAAGACCAUGAAGACAAGAGAUGCUAGGAUCCUAAUGAAAUCUCUAAAAUUAUUUGAAAUGAUUCCACAAUUGAUUACUGACGAAGACACAUUAGUAGACCAAUUAUUACCUCUCUUAUGGACCUAUUCUAUGGCCUCUACUCUGGGAAAAGCUGAUUAUAUGCAGUUUAUAAAGAUCAUCAAUAAAUUAUCCAGUGAUAUUCAAAAGGAGCAUAUGGAAAAACUGUCAGAUAUGCCAUCAAUCCGUGAAAUGGAUAGUUCCAAAGGUUUCACAAAGAUUAUUCAAGAAAAUGAGUCGAAAAAACAUGAGGAUCCGGAUUUGAUAGCUAGUAGAAGUGUGACUGCGCCAGUUAUGAAUCCUAAAAAGAAGAUUAAUAUUACGACAAAUAAACACCCACCAAGUUCGGUUCCAAUGUCUUCCAUGACGAAUCCUCCUACUAACGUUAAAAGCCCUCCUGUUAGUAACUUAGGUUAUCCUUCGGUGAUGGCGUCUACACCUCAAGGACCAACCAAAUCGGUACGUACAUCUCUGAAAAUAUCAUAUCAUGAUACUACAAACGACGAGGACGAUGAUUUUGAUAAUUUCGUUUCCUCAACACAACUAUCCCACAAACCAUUGCAACCAAAUGCAUCCAGUGGUUCUCUGCCUCCUGGUUUCUCCGAUAUGCUGUUGACUCCUAAUAGAAAGGAUACACCGACCUCGACUGCAUACGGCUCAACAAGAACGUCAGAUUCUCUGAUAUGA